UGAUUCCAGAAAUCGGGUGGGAUGUGGGGUCCUGAGUUCAUGCGGACGUUUUCUUGUUUGUUGCUGACCCAACCCAACCCCAAGAAGUACUAGUCCAUUUCCACCUCCAAAGUUGAACCAACACCAAGUCACUGCCAUUUCCGUAACCACCCACCGAUCCCUCAUCAAUUAUUUCUCCCACAACACCACUCAUCUUCCCAUUCCCAAAACCUUCACUUACCCACCCCAUUCUCUCUCUCUCUCUCUCUCUCUCUCUAUAUAUAUAUAUAUAUAUAUAUAUAUUCAUUCAUUCAUUUCAUUGAUUCCUCUCUCAUCGCCUCAUGGAUGAUCCCAAAUAAUCUCUCUCCCUCUCUGCAUAUAAAAUCCAGGAUCUCGCGAGAUUAUUUGCCUUGAACCUGAAUCAUAUCAUUUGAUAUUGAGGCUUACUCUUUCUGGUAAUAUUGUUGGUACAUUUUUAGAUCGAUAGAAUUGGUGGCAAAUUAGAUUCGACUUUGGGAAGAUGUUAGGAGGCGAAAAUGGCAAUAAUAUAGUUCCUGUUUUCUUUAAUGAGAACUGUUUCCAGUAUCACACUGAUGCAUCAAGUCAGCUGCAAUUAUUUGGAAAUUUACCAGGUGGACGCAAUGUUGAUCCUGUAAAUUAUUUCACAAAUGAGCAUAACACUCCUUUUCUUCAACCUAAUAAACGAAGCAGGGAUCCAGGAAAUGUCUCAAAGAAGCAGAAGCUUCAGAUUUCCUUAAAUUAUAAUAGCUGUCAUGAUGAAGCUGAUCGGUCAGCUAGCAUACCGAACCAGAACCCUGUAUCAACCGGCUUAAGGCUGUCAUAUGAUGAUGAUGAACACAACUCCUCUGUUACAUCUGCAAGUGGAAGUAUGACGGUAGCACCGGCAAUCAUCUCGUCCCUUGGAGUUGACAUUAGGACUGAACUUGAUAGGCAGAAUGAAGAACUUGAUCAAUAUAUGAAAAUUCAGAGAGAAAAUCUGGCAAAGGGGGUAAGGGACAUAAAGCAGAGACACAUGGCUUCUUUCCUGAAUGCUGUAGAGAAAGGUGUUGGUAAAAAGUUGCAUGAGAAAGAUCUCCAGAUAGAGAACAUAAACCGCAAGAACAGAGAACUGGCCGAGAGAAUAAAGCAAGUGGCGACGGAAGCCCAAAACUGGCACUACAGAGCAAAAUACAAUGAGUCGGUGGCUAAUGUCUUGAAGAACAACCUCCAGCAGGUGCUCUCACGGGGUACUGCCCUAGGGAAGGAAGGAUUUGGAGACAGUGAAAUAGAUGAUGCUGCCUCCUACAUUGAGCCAAACAACAACUGCCUUAAAGUUCCCGGUAGGCUUGGGAAGGCUUAUUUCAUGAAGGAUAACAUGAUUUGCAGAGCAUGCAAAGCCAAGGAGGUAUCUAUCUUGCUGAUGCCUUGUAGACACUUGUGUUUGUGCGAGGACUGUGAAGGGUUAGUCGGUGUUUGUCCUGUAUGCCAGUUAAUGAAAACUGCUAGUGUUCAGGUGUACAUGUCUUGAAAUAGCAAUCAAAUAACUUAAAAUUGAGAAAAAAAAAAAAAUUCCCCAUGCUCUUCUUUUGAUGUGUGAUUUAAGUUGGUUUGUUCUCUAAAAUUAUUAAAUGUAUGUGGAUGACUUGUUAAAUUCAUGUAAUGGAUAUGUCAUCUGUGUGAUUUUCUCCUUCUUGC